AUGGCAGACCAAGCCAGUCCGUCGCUGCAGGUCAUUGUCCUCGGCUCCGGAGGCGGACCGCAAGAAUCCAAUGUUACCGCCUUUCUCGUCCGCUCGCUCGAGCAAGACUGGCGCAAGGGCUCCAUCGUCGCCGUCGACGCCGGCGUGCACCUCUCCGCCAUCACCCGGCUCAUUGAGGAGGCCAUGCCGUCGCCGGCACCGUCGCCGCCCUUCACGUUAACCACGGGGCCAUUUACAGGCCUGCGACUGCCGCACGCCACCGCAGCGGCGAACGCCGCCCACGUCGCACGCGCCCUCGUCGACACCUACCUUGUCACGCAUCCGCACCUAGACCACAUUGCAGGCCUCGUCAUAAACACGGCAGGGCUCCCCGGUACCCGACCCAAGAAGCUGGCCGCGCUGCCGAGCACCAUCCAGGCCCUCAAGGCGCACGUCUUCAACAACGUCAUCUGGCCCAAUCUCAGCGACGAGAGCAACGGCGCGGGCUUGCUCACCUACCUGCGCCUCGUUGAGGGCGGCAGCCCGGCGCUCGGCGACGGCGACACCAAGGGCUACCUCGAGGUCUGCGACGGCCUCCAGGUCAAGACGUGGAGCGUCAGCCACGGACACUGCCUCGAGAAGCACAGUCAUCGCGGGUCGACCGCCUCCGACCCCUCGACGCGCUACGGUAGCCACGACGCUGCCUCAAGCCACCACUGCACCCCACGGCGCGACACCUACGGCAUGGCGCACCACCACACGCCCAUGUCCAGGGCGCACUCCCUCGCAAAUCAAGGCGGCGGCUUCAUCGGCGGAAACUCCCCGCGCCCCCCGCCGCCGUCCUCCCACGAGACCGCGGAGCAGCAGCGCGUCUGCGUCUACGACUCAAGCGCCUACUUCAUCCAGGAGCAGGCCACCCGUCGCGAGAUCCUCAUCUUUGGCGACGUCGAGCCCGACAGCCUGUCGCUGAGUCCGCGCAACCUGCCCGUCUGGCAGGAAGCCGCGCCGAAGAUCGCCUCGGGCGCCCUCGCCGCCAUCUUCAUUGAGUGCAGCUACGACGACGCCCAGAGCGACGACCGACUGUACGGCCACCUCAAGCCAGUCUUUCUCAUUGAAGAGCUUCGCACGCUCGCCGCCGAGGUCGAGAUGGCCCGGAAGCUGCGCGCCUUGGAGUCGAGGAAGCGCAAGCGCGCGAGCGUCUCUGACGGGGCGGCGGGGCGCAGGCAAACCUCAGCGACGACGUCGCGCAAGCCGCUUACCGCAGAGGAUCCGGUGUCGCCCAAGUCUCUCAAGCCAAUUCUGCGCGCAAACACGACAGACAUGGUCAUGAAAACGGGCGAGGACGGAACGGAGACGCCGCAUCUUGCCACGCCGACGGAGGAGAUGUCGCUGCAGGAUGCGGAUGUCGGUAUCAUGUCAUUACCACCAUCUGUGACGAACCCGGUAUCAUCUUCCUCUUCGUCGUCGGCGAAGCCCCUCCGAGGGCUCAAGGUCGUCAUCAUACACGUUAAAGAGACGUUGGCGGACGGGCCGGAACGAGGAGACGUCAUCUUGCAGCAGCUGCAGGAGCACGAGGAGGAAGCACAACUCGGGUGCGAAUUCAUCGUUUCCAAGUCGGGGCAGUCGUUUUAUUUGUAG